AUGUCGUCCUCGCUCAAAUCGCUAUGCCUGCGCAUCCCCGCAGCAGCGCCAGCCAGCCUCGUGCGAUGUGCUCCCAAAGCUUCAUUCUCGCUGGCGCAGCCGCCGCAGCCCCUCGCCGCCGGAGGAUGCGCUCGGUCUCGCGCCCUCGCCUUGCCCUCGACCUUUACCCGCGCCAACCACAGCCUGGCCGGCUCCAGCACUUCGCGGCCGUCCAUCGCCAGCCUCGUCGCAAAGACUCGUCGGAGCGCCUCCUCCCCCACACCAUCGUCAGCGUCAUCGUCGUCGGCCCUCCGUCUGCGUCUUCAGCCCUACUCUAGCGCCUCGGCCGGCGGCCCAGGCUCGGCGCCGGCCCUCGACUGGGAUUCCUUCUUCAAGCUUCGUCUUCGCCGCCGCCGCAUCCAGCUGCUCUUCUCCGUGGCCACGGGCCUGCUGGGCGGCGCGGUCGGCACCGUCGUUUUAGCCGAGGGCUUUGCCGAGCCUCUGAUUGCGCAGGUUCCGCUGGAUCCCUUCUUCACGCUGGGCAUCAUGACCAUGGCGUGUGCGGGCAUGGGCUGGCUGGUCGGGCCGACGCUCGGCAACCAGGUGUUUUACAUCAUCAACCGACGCUUCAAGACGCAGAUGAUGCAGAAGGAGGGCGAGUUCUUUGCACGUGUCAAGAGGCAUCGCGCCGACCCUACAAACUCGAGCGCAGGCAACCCAGUUCCCGAUUUCUACGGCGAAAAGAUCCAGAGCGUUGCCGGAUAUCGAAGGUGGCUGAAGGAUCAGCGAGCAUUUAAUAAGAAGAAGUCGGCAUCCUUUGUUUAA